AUGAUUUACAGCAAAACUCAAAGCAGCCCACGGGCUGAAACGUUACUUUCCGAGCCAACAAAUACUCAAAGUACUUUUCCCAGGCAAACAGUCAUCUAUGAGAAUAAUUCUAGUCGAUUUCGUAUAAAAGAACGUUCUUUUUGCCAACAAUUUGCUCAUAUCUAUGCAGCUCGACUGCAAUUUAUGAGACCAAAACUGGAAAAAGUAGCCCGCGAGAAAUGGAAUAAAAAUGUGAAGAUACAUAAGUUGCAUGAAAUCAACACAAAUGAGAGAUCAUUAACUUCUCUCGAUUUGGACUCUUCCGGAAUUAUCUACCUUUUUGCUUUUCUAUAUAUACCUAUCCUUUUUGCUUUUCUAUAUAUACCUAUCCUUUUUGCUUUUCUAUAUAUACCUAUCCUUUUUGCUUUUCUAUGUAUACAUAUUCACCUUUUCUUGUAUUCUAUGUAUUCAUAUUCACCUUUUCUUGUAUUCUAUGUAUUCAUAUUCACCUUUUCUUGUAUUCUAUGUAUUCAUAUUCACCUUUUCUUGUAUUCUAUGUAUUCAUAUUCACCUUUUUCUUGUAUUCUAUGUAUUCAUAUUCACCUUUUCUUGUAUUCUAUGUAUUCAUAUUCACCUUUUCUUGUAUUCUAUGUAUUCAUAUUCACCUUUUCUUGUAUUCUAUGUAUUCAUAUUCACCUUUUCUUGUAUUCUAUGUAUUCAUAUUCACCUUUUCUUGUAUUCUAUGUAUUCAUAUUCACCUUUUCUUGUAUUCUAUGUAUUCAUAUUCACCUUUUCUUGUAUUCUAUGUAUUCAUAUUCACCUUUUCUUGUAUUCUAUGUAUUCAUAUUCACCUUUUCUUGUAUUCUAUGUAUUCAUAUUCACCUUUUCUUGUAUUCUAUGUAUUCAUAUUCACCUUUUCUUGUAUUCUAUGUAUUCAUAUUCACCUUUUCUUGUAUUCUAUGUAUUCAUAUUCACCUUUUCUUGUAUUCUAUGUAUUCAUAUUCACCUUUUCUUGUAUUCUAUGUAUUCAUAUUCACCUUUUCUUGUAUUCUAUGUAUUCAUAUUCACCUUUUUCUUGUAUUCUAUGUAUUCAUAUUCACCUUUUCUUGUAUUCUAUGUAUUCAUAUUCACCUUUUCUUGUAUUCUAUGUAUUCAUAUUCACCUUUUCUUGUAUUCUAUGUAUUCAUAUUCACCUUUUCUUGUAUUCUAUGUAUUCAUAUUCACCUUUUCUUGUAUUCUAUGUAUUCAUAUUCACCUUUUCUUGUAUUCUAUGUAUUCAUAUUCACCUUUUCUUGUAUUCUAUGUAUUCAUAUUCACCUUUUCUUGUAUUCUAUGUAUUCAUAUUCACCUUUUCUUGUAUUCUAUGUAUUCAUAUUCACCUUUUCUUGUAUUCUAUGUAUUCAUAUUCACCUUUUCUUGUAUUCUAUGUAUUCAUAUUCACCUUUUCUUGUAUUCUAUGUAUUCAUAUUCACCUUUUCUUGUAUUCUAUGUAUUCAUAUUCACCUUUUCUUGUAUUCUAUGUAUUCAUAUUCACCUUUUCUUGUAUUCUAUGUAUUCAUAUUCACCUUUUCUUGUAUUCUAUGUAUUCAUAUUCACCUUUUCUUGUAUUCUAUGUAUUCAUAUUCACCUUUUCUUGUAUUCUAUGUAUUCAUAUUCACCUUUUCUUGUAUUCUAUGUAUUCAUAUUCACCUUUUCUUGUAUUCUAUGUAUUCAUAUUCACCUUUUCUUGUAUUCUAUGUAUUCAUAUUCACCUUUUCUUGUAUUCUAUGUAUUCAUAUUCACCUUUUCUUGUAUUCUAUGUAUUCAUAUUCACCUUUUCUUGUAUUCUAUGUAUUCAUAUUCACCUUUUCUUGUAUUCUAUGUAUUCAUAUUCACCUUUUCUUGUAUUCUAUGUAUUCAUAUUCACCUUUUCUUGUAUUCUAUGUAUUCAUAUUCACCUUUUCUUGUAUUCUAUGUAUUCAUAUUCACCUUUUCUUGUAUUCUAUGUAUUCAUAUUCACCUUUUCUUGUAUUCUAUGUAUUCAUAUUCACCUUUUCUUGUAUUCUAUGUAUUCAUAUUCACCUUUUCUUGUAUUCUAUGUAUUCAUAUUCACCUUUUCUUGUAUUCUAUGUAUUCAUAUUCACCUUUUCUUGUAUUCUAUGUAUUCAUAUUCACCUUUUCUUGUAUUCUAUGUAUUCAUAUUCACCUUUUCUUGUAUUCUAUGUAUUCAUAUUCACCUUUUCUUGUAUUCUAUGUAUUCAUAUUCACCUUUUCUUGUAUUCUAUGUAUUCAUAUUCACCUUUUCUUGUAUUCUAUGUAUUCAUAUUCACCUUUUCUUGUAUUCUAUGUAUUCAUAUUCACCUUUUCUUGUAUUCUAUGUAUUCAUAUUCACCUUUUCUUGUAUUCUAUGUAUUCAUAUUCACCUUUUCUUGUAUUCUAUGUAUUCAUAUUCACCUUUUCUUGUAUUCUAUGUAUUCAUAUUCACCUUUUCUUGUAUUCUAUGUAUUCAUAUUCACCUUUUCUUGUAUUCUAUGUAUUCAUAUUCACCUUUUCUUGUAUUCUAUGUAUUCAUAUUCACCUUUUCUUGUAUUCUAUGUAUUCAUAUUCACCUUUUCUUGUAUUCUAUGUAUUCAUAUUCACCUUUUCUUGUAUUCUAUGUAUUCAUAUUCACCUUUUCUUGUAUUCUAUGUAUUCAUAUUCACCUUUUUUCUUGUAUUCUAUGUAUUCAUAUUCACCUUUUUGUAUUCUAUGUAUUCAUAUUCACCUUUUCUUGUAUUCUAUGUAUUCAUAUUCACCUUUUCUUGUAUUCUAUGUAUUCAUAUUCACCUUUUCUUGUAUUCUAUGUAUUCAUAUUCACCUUUUCUUGUAUUCUAUGUAUUCAUAUUCACCUUUUCUUGUAUUCUAUGUAUUCAUAUUCACCUUUUCUUGUAUUCUAUGUAUUCAUAUUCACCUUUUCUUGUAUUCUAUGUAUUCAUAUUCACCUUUUCUUGUAUUCUAUGUAUUCAUAUUCACCUUUUCUUGUAUUCUAUGUAUUCAUAUUCACCUUUUCUUGUAUUCUAUGUAUUCAUAUUCACCUUUUCUUGUAUUCUAUGUAUUCAUAUUCACCUUUUCUUGUAUUCUAUGUAUUCAUAUUCACCUUUUCUUGUAUUCUAUGUAUUCAUAUUCACCUUUUCUUGUAUUCUAUGUAUUCAUAUUCACCUUUUCUUGUAUUCUAUGUAUUCAUAUUCACCUUUUCUUGUAUUCUAUCAUAAUCUGAUGCCUCAACCUGUAAAUACCAAAUUCACAAGUGAUUCUGACCAAUUGAUCCUUGAAGAUGAGCUGCAACGGAUUCAACUGCAAGGGAAAUUAGAUGUGCAUGAUUGCUGUACAGGAUUUAUUAUUGCUGUUUAUGGUAUUGAGAAAGAAGAGAGCCCUGGGAAAUUUUAUGUAGAAGAUUACUGUGUCCAAGAGCUCCCUCCACAGAUAGCUCGACCUGUCUUAGAACAAGAAAGAUAUGUGGCCAUAUUGUGUGGCUUGGAAAUUGGCAGCAAGACAGAAAAACUGUUUGAACUGCAAAUGGCAUUAGAUAUUUUGUCUGGAAUGCUUGGAAGUGAAGAUCAACAAGAGAAUUCAGCUCAGAUUGUUAGAGUUAUUGUGGCUGGAAAUUCCCUGAGUCAUAAUACACAAGACAAAGAUUCUAUUAGUAAGGCUAAAUAUUUGACCAAGAAUGUUGCAGCUCGAAGUGUUGAGGCCAUGAAAAGUUUAGAUGACAUCUUAGUGCAGCUGGUUUCAAGUGUUAAUGUUGAUGUUAUGCCCGGAGAGUUUGAUCCUGCCAAUUACAUAAUGCCUCAGCAACCAUUCCACCACUGUAUGUUUCCAAAAGCAGGCACCUAUCAGACAUUGCAGUGUGUACCCAACCCUUAUGACUGCAAUAUUGACGGAGUUCGAUUUUUAGUGACCAGUGGUCAACCUCAGGAUGACAUUGCCAAAUACAGCCGAAUGGAAGAUCGAUUGGAAAUUCUAGAGAGAACUCUAGAAUGGGGACAUUUAGCACCAACUGCUCCAGAUACAUUAGGUUGUUAUCCAUUUGGAAUUGAGGAUCCUUUCAUUGUCACAGAAUGUCCACAUGUUUAUAUUGCUGCUAAUCAACCAGAAUUCCAAACAAGAAUCUUCAAAGGAUCAAAUGGCCAAGAGGUGCGCUUGAUAACUGUGCCUCGUUUUCAAACUUCCACAUCCUUUACACUAGUCAAUCUGAAAACCUUGGAGUGUGAACAAAUGGAAAUGCACUGUAGUCUGGCACAAUCUUCUGCAGCAGGGUCGGAUGCCAGUCCGGAUAUUGACAAAUAA